AUGCCUCGCAAAAUCGAGGAAAUCAAGGACUUUCCUACGGCCAGGCGAAAGGACGCCAAAUCCGUCAAGAUCAAGAAAAAUAAGGAUAAUGUGAAGUUUAAAGUGCGGUGCAGCAGAUACCUUUACACCUUGGUCAUCACGGACAAAGAGAAGGCAGAGAAACUGAAGCAGUCCCUGCCCCCAGGUUUGGCAGUGAAGGAGCUGAAGUGAACCUGGCCCACUGAUUUGAACUGUAUUAAAGUUUUAAAAAUUCU